AAAUCCACAUCGGAUCAUCAGAGAUAUUCAGAGCAAAGUCAUAAUAAAUGAACAAAAACUUCACGGCCUGAACUCUGGAAGAAGAAUAUUACUCAACCCUUAUUCCACCAAUAGCAACAAGUUAUUUUCUUAUUGGCUCGUGAAAUCAAAGUCCACACUUUGACCUCGAGAUCUAAUCCGCACAAUACGACUCCUCUUCUUCUUUUCUUUCUUUCCUUUCCUUUUUUCUAUGUUUUCCUUCCCUUCUCAAAAUUGAAUCAAUCUGUUUAAAUUUUACAAUCCGUUUUGGAUAAUCGCAGAUUUCUUAUCCAUGCCACGGUUCUAUUGAGUUAUGUAAGUCCCUCCUUCCAAUUUUUAGAUUGAUUUUUUUGAUAUCUGAAAAAUUAGGAGGAUUUUUUGGUUUCAGAUACAUUCGUGUUUUGUUGUAGUGUAUGAUAUAAUAUACAUAUAUGGAUAGUAAUUAUUCAGCUCUAGCCAAGGAUUCUGAUGUAGAAUUACAAGUCAAGAAUGGGAUUUUGGGAUCAAAGAUCGAAUCUUUAGGAUUAAUGUCUCAGGAUGAGGAGUUUGGGUAUGUGAAACCUCACAAUGUAGGUGAUUCAGGGGAUCGGGAGGACCAUGAUUUUGAUGAUAUUCCACUUGUUUUGGGGGAAACUAAACCUGGGUCAGGCAUAUAUGGCGCUGUUUUUAAUCUUACCACCUCCAUUAUUGGGGCUGGCAUUAUGGCUUUGCCUGCCACCAUGAAAGUUUUGGGUUUGGCUUUAGGUGUUGUGCUAAUAUUCUUGAUGGGUCUUUUGUCUGAAGUUAGCGUCGAAAUGCUCGUUCGUUUUUCCGUUCAUUGUAAAGCCUUAUCUUAUGGGGAUGUUGUGGAAUCUGCUUUGGGUAGGGUAGCUAGAAUUUUGUCCCAGAUUUGUAUUAUAGUGAAUAAUGCAGGAGUUUUGGUAGUGUAUUUGAUUAUAAUGGGGGAUGUUUUGUCUGGUUCGAUGAGGCAUGUUGGUGUUUUUGAUCAACUAUUAGGGAAUGGAGUGUGGGAUCAUAGGAAGCUGUUGGUUUUGGUUAUCUUGGUGAUUUUCCUUGCUCCUCUUUGUGCUCUUGACAAGAUUGAUUCCCUGAGCUUAACUUCAGCGGCUUCUGUUGCACUUGCUGUUGUGUUUGUUCUGGUUGCUUUUGCCAUCGCGGCUAUUAAACUUGCGGAAGGGAAGAUUGAGGCUCCAAGGAUGAUGCCUGAUUUUGGUUCCAAGAAGGCAAUCUUGGACUUGCUUGUGGUGAUUCCCAUAAUGUCAAAUGCUUAUGUUUGCCAUUUUAAUGUCCAGCCAAUUUAUAAUGAGUUAGAAGGGCGGACACCUCAAAAGAUGAACCGUGUAGGUAGGAUCACCACAAUGAUUUGUGUUCUGGUUUAUGCUUCAACGGCCGUAUCUGGUUAUUUGCUGUUUGGAAAGGAUACUGAAGCCGAUGUGCUGACUAACUUUGACAAGGAUCUAGGUAUUCGGUUCAGCUCAGCCUUAAACUUCAUUGUCCGGGUUGGAUACGUGCUUCAUUUGAUUCUCGUGUUUCCGGUUAUCCAUUUCUCAUUAAGGCAAACAGUGGAUGAUAUGGUUUUUGAAGGAUUAUCUCCACUUCAAGAGAGCAGGAAGAGGUGCCUCUUCCUAACCUUAGUACUCUUAAUCCUCAUUUAUUUUGGAUCAACUAUGAUUCCCAAUAUUUGGACGGCUUUCAAAUUCACUGGAGCAACAACUGCAGUUUCAUUAGGUUUCACAUUUCCGGCUCUUAUUGCACUCAGGUUAAACAAAGAAGGAAUCAAUUUGAGUUGUGGGGAGAAGUUUUUGUCAUGGUUCAUGUUAAUAUUAGCAAGUAUAGUUAGUGUUGCAGGAAUUGUUGGCAAUAUUUAUAGCCUUGAAACAGAUUCUUCAUGAGCUUCCCAUUUAGCUUUAAAAAAUUGUACACGUUUUGAAUACUGAUAAAGAUAUACAACUGAUUUUGUUGCACUUGUGUUAUUCACUAGUCUGAACUAUAGUAAACAAUUCUGGAUUCCUUUUGUUGGAAACUUUUAUCCUGAGCUUGCAUUAUAUGAAUCUACACACAAUUCUAUCCGUAGAAGAGAAGCUAGUUUGACAUUGCAGUUUCUCGUCUUUCUUUUAGCAGCAUAUCUCCUUGAUUGAACAGAAACUUAAAUGUUGUUUUGUUAUCUGUAGGAGGAAGAGCACUUAUCCAUUUAGUUGGAGGGGAUGAGCAAUCAUCAACUCAGAAAAAACACGUAAUAAUAAUAAGAAAAAACCUGUAUUCAUGAGUUGAGAAUCUUUCGACUAAUAUCAAAGGAAAUUUUGUUGUAGGUUGAUUGCUUCGGAAAGAAACUUUGUUUAUUUAACUUUCCCUUGGAGAGAGAAGGAAUCCUUAGUUGCAGUUAGUCUUCUCCGGGAACUCUUUUCAUUGUUUUCCUUGCAACUAAGAUUGAAAGUGUAGGUUAUUUGCAUUAUUGGUGGC